GCUCUGACGGCUGAGGCGGAAUAGGGCCCCUCGGCGCUCCUGCGGGCAGAAGGAGCUGGUGCCCGACGGCUCAGCCGAGCAGGCCGAGCGGCUGCGGGUGUGUUUGGAGGAGCAGCGGCAGCAGCUGGCUGAGGAGCGUGUGGAACGGCCGGGGAAUCUGGUGAAAGCCGUGUGGAAGCCAGAACAGGGCAUUGUGGAGCUGGAGUCCCCUGCGGUGAGUCUGCUGCAGAGUGUACUCAGUACCAUCAUCUCCUGCUGGCAACUCCUUGUUUUGCUUCUUGAAAUGGGAGAGAGCCUGGUUGUCAGCAGUGAACAGCCAUAAUCCAUCACAGGUUUGUGCUUCUGUUGCAGGGGAAGUUCUGGCACACUAUGGGAUUCUCACAGUGUGGCAAACAGUGUCUACUGCCUGAGGAGGCUCUGUACUUGCUGGAGUGUGGCUCUCUUCAGCUCUUUUACAAAGACAUGAUUAUGUCAGUCCAGGAAGCCUAUGAAAUUCUGCUGUCCCAGGAGGUGAUGAACCUGCUACGUUACCAGGUGUUCAGCCACUUGAAGCAACUGGGCUAUAUUGUACUGAGAUUCAGCCCCAGCACUGUCCCGUCUCCUUAUGAGAGACAACUAAACCUGGAAAGCCAUUGCAAGAGCUCUGGGAAACACCAUCACAAAAAGAGGAGGAGUUCCAGCCCUGGAUCAUGUGAGAAGAAACAUAAGGUAUCUGAGGACCUUCCAAAAGCUGAAGGGACCCGUGAAAAAGGUAGAGAUGACUGUGGAGAAUUCAGCUGUGUUCCCUUGGAUGAGAAGCCAUUGUCAGAGCAGCUGAAGGAAUUGGAUACUGACAAUGGAGAGGAGCAGUCUGUCACAUCAAACUCAGUUCCUCUUGAUGCAGGACGAAAGAACAUCCCAAGCUCCUCCUGGAGUCUGGUAGCUGGAGACCAGAAGGCAAGCAGCACUGGAACCCGUGUGCCACGCUGGGAUUUUACCACAAUCUUCUUGCCAAAUGUGGCCCCAGAUCAGCCAUGUAUACAUCUGCCCUCACCUGACAGCAAGCUUCUGCCAGAAAAUGUGCCAGGGAGGGAAGUUGAUGCAGCAUCCUGGUGCAGACGCAUCAAUCAAAAACAGGAGAAGCUGUCACAGAAGGAAAGGGAGCAGCAGGAAAAGGGAAGCAAGUACAAAAGCAGUAUCAAUGCUGACAGGGAGGUCAGGUGCUGCAUCAAUUGGCAGGAAUACAAAGCUCUCUUGAGAUGGAGGAGCCAACAGAAAGUUUGGAUACGACCACCACAUCUGUGGGACCAAGCUGUCACACCACUUCUGCAGCCAGAGGAAGCUACCUCAUUAGCUGCAGUCCGCCAACAGAUCAGUGUGCUGCAGCCCUCCCACAUACUGGAUGGAGCCUCCUGGCUACAAGAGGACUUGGAGAGUAUCAAGAUAGACUUCAACGUAUAUCAAGCAGAUGCUGUGGCCAAGUUUAAGAAGACAAAUCCUGGGAAGCCAUAUGUCAGGAUGUGUGUUCAAAGCUUUGAUGAGCAGAUCCCAUCCCUUCGGGCUUUGAAGCAGGUUACGUAUCAGAGUGGGGAUGUUCCAGUGGUCUUUGCUCUAGUGGACCAUGGAGAAAUUGCCUUCUACUCACUAAAGGAAUUCAAGCUGCCAGAUGAUGUUAAUUACUGAAGUUCAAGACAUUUACUUAAAUGAUGUGGGGUGAAGGAAGGAUUCACUCAGGAUUUGCUUUCUUGAUUAAUGGAAUAUUACAAAAAAUAGAGCCUGUGGUAACCAGGUAGAACUUUGGAUGGCGUUGUUAGAGGUUUCACCCAAAAGGGAGAUGGCUCAUGCAUGACAGCAAAAUGUACUGAAAACGGUGGCCUAGUUGGGCGUAUCUGGACUGGAGAAUGCACUGCUUUGUUCUUGAAUGUAUUGGUUUUCCAGCUUUCUCAUCUUCUGGACCACUAGUUUACCUUUCCUGUGUCAUGACUGAUCUGUGGACCAUUAAAAAAGCACUCUACUGCUGUAAAACCCUUGUCAUAUUCUAGGAACCACCAUACUAGGCCAGCUGAAGUCACUGACAUCAGCCAAGGGCAGAAGAAGCUGAUCAGAUCUGUGAUGGUGUCCUGAGCCUGUCAUUCAGCUGCUCCAACAGAUUAGAAUCUUACCCAGUAGUUGAAAAUGAAACGGACAUAAAACUCAGCCACCCUGAUAAAAGGUGCUUCCUGAGCCUUCCAGGCCUGUGACUGUUGUGCUCCAAACCAAGGAUGUCAUUGCUUUCAAGGCCUUAUCGUGUGAGCCUUCCCCCAUCAUAUCCAGGUACCAAAUCUGUGUUAGCCUCUAUGCAAAAGCAUCAGUGUAGGUGCCAUAAAGUCUGUUCAGUGGGUACUGAGCUCAGCCGUGUUCAGUAUCUAGGUUCUUUAGAAGUGUAAUAGCAGCUGUUCUAUAGAUGUAUCUUACAUGAUAUUUUUUUAGUUCCUUUUGGAGGUGGGGAGAAGUUUAAGCAAUAAAGAACCUUUUCCAACAGUG